CACGCGGAGACUCCUUGGAAUAGAAGGUGGGCGCUUCCUGCGCUUCUUGGCGGUACCUGCCUUGGAUGUAGAAUUCAGCCCUCAUGGCAGAGAUAAUUCAGGAACGCAUUGAAGAUCGACUCCCCGAGUUGGAACAACUGGAACGCAUUGGACUGUUCAGCCAUAAGGAAAUUAAGGCUAUCAUUAAGAAGGCUUCAGAUCUAGAAUACAAAAUACAGCGAAGAGCUCUUGCUACCAAAACUCAACUUAGCAAAGUGUACUCUGCCAUGUUGGCCAUUCAUUCAAACAAGCCGGCUUUAUGGAUUAUGGCUGCCAAAUGGGAGAUGGAAGAUCGCUUAUCUUCAGAAAGUGCAAGACAGCUAUUUCUUCGGGCUCUGCGAUUUCAUCCUGAGUGUCCAAAACUUUAUCAGGAAGUGAGUUGCCUCAGAGUGAAAAAGGUAAAUCUUGAUUAUCCCGAGGAAAUCCUUAAGGGCGAGUUGGCACGGAUCAUCUACAAAAAUUCUAUAAGCAAAAUUAAAGGUGCAGAAUUUCAUGUGUCACUGCUUUCAAUUGCACAGCUAUUUGAUUUUGCUAAAGAUUUGCAAAGAGAGAUAUAUGAUGACCUUCAAACUAUGCACACAGAUGACCCCCUCACUUGGGAUUAUGUGGCACGGCGAGAAUUAGAGAUUGAGUCACAGCCAGGAGAAGAGCAGCCUACAACAAAACAAGCAAAAGCAGUGGAAGUGGGCCGGAGGGAAGAGAGAUGCAGUGCUGUAUAUGAAGAGGCAGUGAAGACUCUCCCUACAGAAGCCAUGUGGAAAUGCUACUUCAGCUUUUGCUUGGAAAGAUUUGCUAAGAAGACAAGUAGUCAGUUCCUCAGAGAGAAGAGGCUUGAAAGAACUGUGAUUGCAUUCAAGAAGGCACAUGGACUCAAGCUUCUGCCAGAGCCUCAGUACAAGCAGUGGAUUCAGUUGUUACUGGACCAUGACUUCUUAAAGGAAGCACUGGAAGUGGCAGAUGCUGGCACAGAAUUGUUUCGAGACUCUGUGAUGAUGUGGCAGAUGAAGCUGCAGGUGCUGAUUCACUCCAAGAGCCCUGACAUGGCCGUGUUAUUUGAAGAAGCCUUUGUGUGCCUCAAACCCCAGGACUGUUUACCAUUGUGGCUUUCUUGGGCAGAGUGGAGUGAAGGUGCUAAAAGCCAAGAAGACACUGAAGCCAUCUUUAAGAAAGCUAUGUUAACUAUCAGAGGCACUGACUCAAUCCCUCUGAAGGAAAAAUACCUGGAUUGGGCUUACCGAAGUGGAGGCUACAAAAAGGCCAGAACUGUGUUUAAAAGUUUACAGGAAAGUCGUCCAUUUUCAGUUGAUUUCUUCAGGAAAAUAAUUCAGUUUGAAAAGGAACAGGAAUCCUGCAAAAUGGCAAACUUGAGAGAAUAUUAUGAAAGGGCUUUGAGGGAGUUUGGUUCUAUAGAUUCUGAUCUUUGGAUGGAUUACAUCAAAGAAGAACUGAACCAUCCCCUUGGGAGACCUGAGAACUGUGGACAGAUCUAUUGGCGAGCCAUGAAAAUGUUGCAGGGAGAGUCAGCAGAGGUUUUUGUAGCUAAACAUGCUAUGCAUCAGUCUGGCCAUUUGUGAGAGGAAGAACACAGCCAACUUUAUGAAAUAAUACUGUAGGCUCCUUGGGCUCAUUUGUAAAAUGAGUUCAUUUACAAUUUGCUCAGAGGUGGCAGACCAGAUGACUGAUUUUGAGACAUGGCUUUCAUUUUGUUGAUUCAUUAACAUUUAAUUCUGGAAACAAGAACUGUUUAAUGGACAAAGUCUACUUGUUGAGUUUGGACCUACCAUAAGUCUCUCAAAUGUAUGGGUUGUUUCUCAAAAUAUAUGGAAAUUGUGUCUCAAAAUAUAUGGAAAUUGCAUAGCUGAGAUUCUUUUAUUACUCCUGGCCAAUCAUGAAUAUCUCAACCUAGAGUUAGGGACAAGUUAACAGGGAGGAAAAAGUAUAAUUCUAUGUGUUUAUUAUUUUCUUAUUGUAAGUGCAUAUGCAGUAUGCAUUUAUUGUAUAGAAUAUGGAGGAAUAAAACAAUGAAGAAGAAAAUAAAAAGCAUUCUGUAAUUCUCUUAUUUGGAGUUAAACUCAGUGAUUUUGUUUCCUUUAUAAAAAUUGGAUUUAUACUGUUAAAUCAUUUAUAUUUUCAUUCAUUGAGUGCCCAUCAUAAGCAGGAAAGAAGGAUGUUUUUGGGGAUGGGGGUGUUAGGGGAGCAGAAUUGGGUGUCUUGAGAGAGCUGAUUGAAGCAGCAGGGAAGGAUGCUGGGUAUUGGGAAAAAUGUUGUCUUAAGAAGAUUAUUAUAAAGCUUUCUAGCAUCUUUGAUUCUAAUCUGCAGAGAAGUGUUUACACUUGGGGGACUGGCAACAGAAGAAGGGUAGGGGUAGGAAAUUGAUAGAGCAGUCCAGAGCAGUCUGGAAGGGCUUUGAGGUAAGGAUGGACAAUGUCUGGGGGCAGAGGAGGCAGUUGUUUGAAUUUUAUUAUCUCUAAUGUAACAUAUGCACUUGGAGAAGCAUUCAGUACAGUUUUACUUAUGUUUUCCAUGUUACUAAAUAGCUUUAAUAACAUUCAAUGAAUUUAUAAUAUUUCAUUAUGCAGAUGACCUAGGACUUACAGUACUAAUCCCCUAUGUUGUCAUUUUAAACUUUUUUCUUCUUAUGAGUGAUGUUGAUGAAGAAUCUUAUAAAUCUGUUCAUAUUUCUGCUGGUUAUUUCCAUAGGAGGUUGACAUAUGACAGAAUUACUGGAUUAAAGGGUAUAACUAUUUUAGAGAAUAUUGAUACAUAUUGUCUAUUUGUAUGUAAAUGUAUGAAAAUAAUUCCAAGCAAUGUAUGAAAAUGUCUACAUUUUUACCUGUACGGGU